AAAUUUACAUGUGCUUGCGUUUAUUUACCGAGCGGUAUUAGGACACUAAAGGAUGCAGAAGGCGAACCCGUCGGUUUUUUCUCCGACGAUUGUAUCGAAUGAAGACCCAUUUCUUUUUAUUGAUGAAGCCGCGGAGAAGCCAGCUGCUAAGAUUAAGGAUAGUUACAGUGGCUAUGAGGUUGGUUACCAAAACAAUGUGUUGAUGAAUUCUUACAUGUUGAUUCAUUUUAAUACUGCGGCUUUCUUGGUUUACGUAGCGAAAUAUUAAUAGUUUUUAGGCAUCCAGACAUCAAGUAUUUACUUGUAUCAAAUAACGACAAUCUUUUUCUCUAUGUCUUUUUUUAGAGUGACACCUCAGAAAGCGAUGAGGACCAAAUCGAACAUCAGUCGGCUGCCGGCUUUUACCCGAUUCACCCUGGUUAGGAAAAUUUAAGUCUUUAAUAAUUUGACUAAAAGUUUACAUAACCUAUCAUAUAUGCCAAGCUGUUUUCAAUACGAACACCUGAUUGACUGAUUUCCAUUUUUAUUUCAAUUUGCUGCGAAACACGAGACGAUUCGACUUCAAACCGGAAUCAAGUCGUUACCGGAAAUAUCGUCAUUGUUUUGAGGGGCCUCUUCGAAAAUAUUCUCCGGAAUUUUCUUUGGGACUGCCUGGCUGACAGACUUGCAGAGCACUUCUCAUCUUGCCAGAGUCAAACGACGUUAAAAAUUUAAACCGUGUAUAUUUUUCUGCACUUUGCAGGUCAAUCGUACUUUUAAGAUAUGCAAAAUGCGUCAUUGAAUGAAUGUCAAUGUUUAAUCUGACGGAAAUUGACGUCAAAAUUCUGCCGAGUGCCGUUUGAUUCAACCGGCCGCCAUAUUGAAAAGGUCUGGGUUGCUUUCCGUCUGUAACUUUUUGGCGAGCUUGACCUCCUUUAUGGGAUAAACUCGGAAAUGAGUGUACGAAAGAACGAGGAGAAAGGUAUUUUAGUUUUUUAUUGUUGUUUUGAAAUCCUUUGGGAAUUCAAUUCCGGAACGAUAGUGCUCAACGCCUAUACUACGCGGAACGGUGAUCAUCGACAGGUUGAAUUAUCUAGAGUGAUGGCAGACUUGUUAAAGUCAAUUUAACAACGCUUGCUUUUUCGAUUUUGUGUUAACCUUGAAUAAAAAAUCAGAACGGUCCUUCGACUUGUUUUUAAAAAUUUCUAUUGUUUUUGGGCAAGGACCUUGAGCAGACUGCUUCAUCAAAUUAAAAUGCACAUAAACCAGAUAAGCUUUUAGUGAAUAAGCUGAAUGAUUAUUUCGUUGAUAGCUAAGUUUUUGCUUUUUUGCCUGGUACCUGUGUAAUGAAUAUUUUUUAACUUACAUUUUACGUUAAAACAAAUCACUUAAAGAAAUAUGCGAUCACUAAUGCAUUUACUUUUUGUAGACCUAAAUUAGAAACGCCGGUUCUUCAGCAAUGUUUACAUUAGAUGCUGAUUUUGCAAUCCCAGCUUGUAAUUAACAUAAAAGCGUUUGUCUCGUCUCAUUUGUUGUUUUUCCCGGCCCUAACAAAAAUAAACAUGAGUUUGUGGUCAUUCUAUUUACAGCUAUGUUAAACCUGAAUCGUUGUUGCGCUUUAAAAAUAUUGAAAUCUCUUCCGGAGCGUUCCUGUGUGAUUUGCAUACGGCAAGCGAAGUUUGGACUCUUUAAAACAAAAAAUAAAUAUAUUUCGAUAUUGUUUAGAACGAAGUUUCAUUUUGCUUUGUGGGUUCCAGAGAAACAAGUAUUGGCUUAUUUGCAUUCCAAAUUGCUAAUAACUUGUCUGCAAGUUCUGUCUUAGAAGGAGAUGAAUUAUUUGUGAGAUGCGAGAUUCCGUAUUUUUUAAACAUCCCGUGGACACCUUGGGUGGUUUUGAAUCGUUUUUGGGCAUGGAGAUUUCUAAGGUUCUGUAGCGACGUAUCUUACCAUAUUCCAAAGUGAACUAUGUCAGGUAACGGACAUUCGGAGCCCAAGGAAGAUAUUGGGGAAGGAAAACGUGUUAAGAGUACCCCCAAACGAAAAAAAUUCCGUUCUUUUUCCUUAGGUAAGUCAUGUCUCGCAGUUCUGUCGAAAUCGACAUCUUGUAUCCAAUUCUGUCAGCUUAAGCUUUUUUUUUUUUUUUUUUAAAUUUUUCCCUUUUUUUUGGAAUAUUUGUUUGAAAGUCUGAUGUUCUUUGUAUGAUACAAAAUAAUUAGGACUUUGUUUGGCGGGGUCUUCUUGUUUUUUUUUGUCAAAUUAUAUAAAUUCAUUUUAUAAAAAUUCUUUUUCCUUAGGUAAGUCAUGUCUCGCAGUUCUUUCGAAAUCGACAUCUUGUAUCCAAUUCUGUCAGCUUAAGCUUUUUUUUUUUUUUUUAAGUAUUUCCCUUGAUCUUGGAAUAUUUGCUUGAAAGUCAGAUGUUCUCUGUAUGAUACAAAAUAAUUAGGACUUUGUUUGGCAGGGUCUGCUUGUUAUUUUUUGACAAGCUAUAUAAAUUCAGUUUAUAAAAAUUUUUAAAGGAAUAGAACAUGAUAAGCUUAUACACGUUGGCACACUUCCAUGCCAGGUGCCAUUUCUCUUUAGUAUCAAUCCAGAAAUUUAACUUGAUUUUAAUCCAGUAAUUUGGUCACCUCAAUCUCUUAUUUUUUGUGAGCUUCUGUGCGUAUAGUUAGUCUAUAUUUAACGACAGUCUUCAAUGAAACUCAUCCCACAGGGACAUUUGAAGUUAAAAAUAUACAUAACUACUGCAGUAUUUUAAAGAGAAAGACAUGUGAUAAUGUCUUAUUGAAAUGAAGUUGGUGUCUCAAUAGAGCUAUAUAAGUGGCAUAUCAGUAGAGAUGUGUGUGUUGAGGGAAUAUUUAGUUCAUAUCAUCUAUCUUUAAUAACCUGGAAACAGUUUGCCUCCAGGAUUUGGAAACUGAAAAAAUGUUGUGAAAACAUUAUUAUGAGCACAAUAAUGUAUUGUAUUAGAUCAAGUAUUAUCCUGGUUAAAAUGUGUAAGAUUUUGUUGCAAUUGACAUGCUUAAAUUAUUCUAUUCACUGAUAAAUCCAUUUUAUUGUUUGGCUGUGAUUAUGUAAGGCAGGUAGUUUUGUGCAGAUCCAUUUGAUUCACUACAACACUGGCAUCCUGCUGGUUUAAUAACCACAUAAGGUGCUAAAAUUUGCAUUAAAACAAGCUCAUGAUAAAAUCGUGAGGCGUACCAAACUUUAAUUUUAAUUUGUCUUUCAUUUUCUUCUCAACCAAUCUCCCUAUGUUUGUUGUAAUGUUACACACCUCGGCAACAUUUGUACCGAACAAUUUUGUUUGUCAUCCUUUUAUAAUGUUGUUUUGCCACUAUCAGAGUUAAGUGACUUCACUCUCCCCGUAACAGUUACCCUAGAGACAGCCAGUAUUUCAUUGUGAGUCUGUAAUUUAGAGGGUGUUUUCAGAAGCUGGUGAAAAUAUGCCAACCGAAUGCUAAAGUUGCAGGCAAUGUUUUAUCAAGUUGUUCUCAAGGAAAAGUAGCUUGCAUGUGUUAAUUAUUAAUGCCCACAGAAGCCUAUGUAAGACUCUUGGCACCUUAAGUGCCUGUCAGAUGUCAAAAGUGACUGUCAGAUGUCAAAACCGUGAACAGUUUCUAACAAAAAAUGGGGUCGUUUCUUUAAAAAUAGGGUUAAAUUACAGGUGUGAUUGACUUAAUUUGAUGAUGUUGUUAGCCAGCUGUGUGGGAGCUGCAGAAACAGUGCCCUCCCACGGUUCCCACAGGAAAAGCUUUAACAUGUUGCAACUGUCGUGUUGUGCUUUUAGUGGCAGAGGGAUGGGGUUAGUUAAUGUCCUAGUUAAGAAAUAAUCCCAGUUGUUUCUUGCUUCCAAAGGUUAUCUAUAGGUUAGGAGUAGCUAUGCACUAAAGCUGGUAAACAGUGUGUACUUCCCAAAAUAAUAAACCACUGCAUCACCCAGUCGGCUGCCUAAUGAACCCCCACUAUACGUGCCCACAUAAUUUAUUUUAUGAGCAAGGGUUUGAGACAAGACUUACCGGUUUUCAUCCUUAUCCAAGAAGACGAGACAGUCCAACCCAUUCGCAGAUGUCAUUACAAAGCCAGCACUUUUUCUUCAGUUAUUUAGAGAUCCCUAGUGUUGGUCUGGUCGGGGUUUGAACUAGUGGUCUCCUGCGUAGACCAGGGCUUAUUCAAUUGAGCUAGUCGGACAGCAGCACUUGAGACUGGUUGGAGUAACCUCUUUGUAAUAAGCCCUGCUGAAGACCUCUGAAAAAUUAGAUAUUUUAAAAUUAUGUUACAUUUUCUUUACAGCUGAUACUGCCCUUCUUCUAGGAAAUUUGUCACGCAAGUCCAACAAUGAAGAUGAGGGUCGAAACUCUCCAAAAGGUAAGAACUUUUAUUAAGCGAUUUCUUUAUAGAAACUCACAGUAACCAGUUUAUCGUAACCAUUGCUAAUACAAGUAUUUAAUUUUUGGUGGUCUUCCCAGGUCCCCCCUGCACUUCUGUUCCAGCCAAGGCAGGAAAUAUUAUUUUAGAAAGUCCAAUUUAAAAAAUUAUUCAAGGUGGGGGUGAAGGAAGUAGGUAUGCUUCCAAACCCCCUUAAAGGAUUUUGUUUGCUAUUGUUGGUACUUGGAAGGUUUAAGCAUAAUACAACUCAUGUCCACUCAUUUCACUUGUGCAUUGUGUACUUUAAAAUGUGGCCAAAAGCAAUCACUGGCUAAAUUUUUGGUGGCAAAUACACUGUAAUGGUUUAGCAGGGCAAGCUGUCACUAAGGUUAAGGUUGGCAUCUAUGAGCAUGACCCCCUGAUACUUUCAUGCAUAGGAAACAAAAGAAAAAUAGAACUAAAAAAUAAAAAAAGGAACUUCCUAGAUGUUUGAUUCCCCACCAACUACAUGUACCCAGCAACUUGAAAUCAUAGUGAUAGCCUUGGUUUAGGAGUAAACCACUAAAUGGUUGUUCUUAUCAACGAAGUAAAUUACUUGAUAAUUUAAAUCAGCUAAGUGUGAAGAGAUUUAGAGCUAGCAUUUAAAGUUGAUUUUUAAAAAAAGCAACUUUAAUUAACGUUUCUUGCUAUUUUGCAUUCCUGACAACUGAUCACUGAAGAAAGAAGCAAAAAAAGAAAAGAUCAUGAAUAUACACUGUCUACGAAGAUUCAAAUGGAUCGAGUCAAAAUGUCUAAGUUUUAAAACAGAUGUUGUUGUAAAAUUUUGUAUAAAAUUGCAUUUUCUUCCCUUUUUUUGCUGUCUCUUUAAUGUUUUUGCAUUAAGUAUUAUCUUCAUUUUCUAAAAAUUAAAUAUUAUAGUCUGAUUUUAAAAUAUAAUAAUUGCUGGUGUAGGGUUACAUUUGGCAAUAAAGCCAUUAAUGUAUUCAGGAAGAUUUUAUCCUUUUCUCAUUGUUUGUCUUUUUGAUUGGCUUCUUUUUACCAUAAAGCUUAGAUGGAAUUACAGUGUGCUUCAAUUUCAGCUUAUUCAAAGUUCUUUACUUAUGUUCACCAAGGAUUUGAUUGUUCUAAGAAACAUUUCUGACAGAAAAGUAAGGUCUUUCUAUAACACAUGGAAAUCAAUUCUUUGAGUGCAAAUCAAUAAUUUCCUGACAGAGCUUGUUCAGGUUUAACGUAAGUUAUGGCAGCAAAGAAAAGUAAAGCAAAAGCAAGAAAACAAGGUAUGGAAUUAUCAUUCUUUUCAUUUAAACUGAAAUGUUAAAAUGUUGAUUAAAAUAGUACUCAUUCAUUGUAAAUUCCAAAUAAAACUUUUUUGCAAAAUAAGCUACAAUAGUUCAAGCUGUUCAAGACUUACACUGUUUGGCUCCAAUAUUGAAUAUGAAAAUAUGUCAUAAUAUUCACCAUAAAAUUAUGCACAUAAGUCUUCUCACAGUAUUAUACACAUCAGUCAGAAUAUACUUAGACAUGUUCGUGAAAAUAAUACAACUUUUAAUUUACCAUAUGGUUUAUUAUAUACUUAUUUGCUUUUUUUUCUUCCAACAUUUGCCACACUGAUAUCAAUGAAACAAAUGAGUACAGUGAAAUUGACUUUCUGUGGAUUUAAAAUUAUUAUUGUUUUCACUCUACAAUUUUAUUCUCAUUUCUCAUAUCAGUUAGGUAAUAUUUCUGAUUUAUGUGAAGCCAUGGUAAUUUUGGUACACCUUUGCUGUGAGCCAUUUUCAGUGUGCCAGGUGUUGAAAUUGCAAUCAUUAGGCAUUUCAGGGUGUCUUGAAUUCAGUGUUGAACAAAAGUGACCAAACCAUUUGGCCAGUGAUAUAAACUAUUGUGAAUGUAUAGUUUAUUAAGGCUGUGAAUCGGACUGCUGUGAUUACAGAUGUGAUGCUUUAUAUUUACAAUAAUACUGAGUAAAAAGCAGUGCAAAAAGCUUUCAUAUUUGACAGCUGCUAUUUGAAAGGUAUAAUUGACACUACUGUAGGAUAUCAGAUGUCAUAUUACUGUGUAUUGCCUUAGCGCACACACAGCCAUAAUACAAUUCUCUCACUUGAUGGACUCUUAGAAACUGUUCAAAAGCUUUGGGAAAUAAUUUUCAAAUCAAAGGUAAAUUUUUGUUUUUGUUUCUGUAAUAAAAUAAAAUCAAGAAGUAGUAAAUAAUUAAUUUUUGCGGCAAAGAUCUACAUUUUAGAUAAAAGUGUAUAAAGUAUUAGCUGGCUUGUGAAUAUAAGGGGAUGAUCUGCAACAUACAUGUAUAAAAAUUCACUGUGACGUUUUAUUUUUUUAGUUAUUAAGCAGGUCUGUCUGAAUGAACUUAAUUUAAAGCAACUUGAUCAGGCUCCUCAAGAAAAAACCAUGUUAUAAGCAAGUCAUUUUUAUUGUAGUUUCCAGACAUAAUAGCAGUUUGGAAUUACAAAAUAGAGAGCUUAAAAGGGGACAUUUUUGAGCAAUGCAUGUCAAUAAAAUUAUUGGAAGUAGACUGUUUGUUUUCUUGGACAGUGGUUUUGCCCAUUUUUUCAGGUAAAAUCCUCUUAGUUGAAUGCAAACUUGUUAGCAUCAAGCGCAUUAAAAGGAAAAAGGCCCCACAUAAGUUUGACACGUGAUGCUAAAAAAAUUCCUUCACUUAAGCCCUGUAAAAACAGCCCUGGUUUUUUGUUCUUCUGUCCAUUUAUGGGUUGUUGAUAAAUAUCUACCAAGCCACAUUGACAACGGAGGACAACAGGCCAGCCGAGAUCUAUGUAGGCCUUACUGAGAACUUUGCUUGAACAAGUGAAAUAAGCUUGUAACUUCCUGCAGGAACUUACGCAAAUUUCUUAUUAGCAGCUUUACAUCUUUCAUUUUGAUGUAAUAUUUUCUGAUUCAAAGUCUGCGCAUGUAUGUGUUUACUAGUGUACAUGUAAGCUUAUGUUGUAAUAAACUUUUCAUGUGGCAAUUUUAUCUGAGGAGUGUUGGACAUGCCAUGUGUGGUACGAAACUAAGUAGGAAUAAAAUGCCAAGUCGGAUCUUGCGUUGAUAUUAAAUCACCCAGAUUAUAACGCUCUAGUCCUUCUAUUGAGCACUCUGCCAACAGGCUUUGAUACAUAUCAAAUGGUAUACAUCUUCCUUUAUAUAAACUGCAAUAGUGACACCUGUAUCAUGUCAUGUUUUUUGAUCCUAUAUUUGUGGUUUGUGUUUAGUUCAAGAUGACUCAGAGUUUAAUUUCAAAUUUGAUGGCCCAAGCUCAAGAAAUUCAACACCACCUGUUAAACAAGACAGAAAAGAUAAAGAAAGGGAAAGACUGGUAAGUACACUUGUCUGUUGGCUUUAAGAAACAUCUUUCUCUACAAUGGUGACAUUUGUUCCUCCUUUCAUUGCCCACCAACUUCUGCCCAGUCCUAAAGGUGGUCAUAGUUGUUAGGCGUGAUGUGUCACUUUUUAGGCUUCUUACAUUGUACAAUGUUUUCUCAAAUAUGUGCUACCCCCAGUGAAGCUUUAUCCCAGCUGUAUUUGAGACAAAUCAUUCAUGAGCAUUGUCCCCAAAUAAGUGCCAAACCUGAUGCACUUGGAGAGGUUUCUUUUACAGGUCAGAUUCCACAGGUUACAUUAUUAUAGGUCGCUGUUUUAUUGAUAGUUAAGUAAACCAAGUAAGGCCAUCCCAAUUUAAUGCUUCGUUUCCCAUCGCCCGACCAACCCAUUUUUUUGGAAAAGUCAAAAAAAAGAAAAAUCCAGAAUCACUUGUAAAGAAGCAAGUGUACUUUAAUUUACAAGCACAUAUCUUGUCUUAUUAACACCAAUUGUCUUAAAUUAUCAUCAAUACUUUGUUUUCGUAGCCUUUUUAGACAUUUGAUAGUCCUGUUAAUAUACAUCUUUUACCAUCUGAUUAUAUCUUGCAGACUAAACGUGAGAUUUGAUAUACAAUCAUGUGUUCAUUCUUUUUUUUCUUUUUUUUUUUUUGCCCGACCGACCCACCCACCCACCUUCACGAGAGGGAGGGCAAUGGGAAACAAAACAUUUUUUUGGGAUGGCCUUAUUUCCCCUUGAUCAAAAACAGCAUUUUGGAUAAGGAUUAGGGCUAGGAGACACUUCUGGUCUUGUUUAAAGUCUGUAGCACAAUGACCUGUAUUCUGACCUGUGGAAUGUGACCUGUAAAAAAACACCUGCCAGACGCACCUCUGUACUAAGUUACUGAAAAUUUUUCAUACUGCUAGAAAAGAUACCAUUAAAUUAAAAGUGCUAUCCUUAAAUAAGCAUUGCUUUUGAGCCGUGAAAAAGUUUUAUAAGUGUUAUAAAUACUUGUUUUUAUGGGAUAUAUUUGGCCUAGUCCUUAAGCAGGUAAUUAAAUAACAUUCAGUUUUUAUCAGUUUUGACCACAUUCAUCCUGGAGUAAGCCAGUAAAUUGACUAAAAUUGCAAGCAGACAGUGUUGACUUUUCAAAUGAUGCAGAUGCAUUCAAUGAAAUUAAGUAGAUGGAAAGUAAGUGGUCACAGAAGUUGAUAAAAUUAGCAUAACCCCAGAUAAAUGUAGUAUAUGAAUAUUUGUAGAGGUCUCAACUUAAUUAAUAGGUAUGAUAAAUCAUUUAAAUAGCAGGACCUUGAGAGGAAACUCUUAUUACCAGAGCGUUCUCCUUCAAUUCCAAGAAAGGCUUCCAAGGAAUCUUUCAAGGUACAAAUAUUAAUUUUAUUAUUAGUGUCUAUUUUAGAACUAUGUUAAAAUGUUUUUGUCUAGAGCAAAUCGUACAUGCAGAGGUACUAGUUCUUCAGAUAUUUGCAACAGUACAGUAUUGAUUUAGAUUAAAGGGGUCAUUUCAGAUCAUUUAGCAGAGCUGUCAGUUAUCACAGUUUUUCAUCAAAGACAUUGAGUGACAUUUCAAGAUCAAUGAAUCAAUGUGUUUGCAAGUCUUUCAGGAGAAAAUAGUGGCGCAGAUAAUGCUGAAUAAAUGAUAAAAUAAAUUUCUGUGUACUGUUCGGGUUUGUAGCAAGACAGGCAGUGCUACAAACUUGCAAAAGUAAAAUUUGCAUACGGUAUUUCACAUGUAAUUUGAUAUCUUGCUUUUCCAGGCGUUGCAACUAUUUAUUGCUUUUUGCUACAUGCAAUAGUGACUUAACGUUUCUAGCAGUGGGGAAAAACUCAUGAUUUUAAUACCAAAGGUUUUUCUAAGACUUUUAAAUUAAUCUGAGGCCAUUUUCAGACAAGAAACUUCAACUGCACUACAGCAGAAGUCACGUUUUACAUUUUCGUUUCAAAAGUGCAUAAUGAGCAGGGAAUUUUGUCAUUCAUUCACCGGAAAGUUGGCCUGAGAAUCAUAAGUUUUAGGCGCCAGUUCCGGUUCCUUGUGUGAAAGUUUGGUCCCCAAGGGCAAAUCGUAGGCACCUUUGGUGACUUGGCACCCGUUAGGCAGCAGCCUUGCCACUGCAAAAUUUAGUGAUUUGGGCAAUGGGGUUGGGUGAAUAAAAAUUACCGGUAGGAGCAUCUUUACCUUAGAAAACAUCUUGGAUACACCGUAUCCCCUGGGGAAGUCUUGCAUAGGCCCUAACACCAAGAUGGUAAUGAGUAAAUGUAGAUUGGAUCACCUUACAAGUGACACCUUGAAAAAAAAUGCAUGGGCAGUGAAGCCAACCACAGAUUUAGUUAAGUUAAAUUCCUGAUUAUUUUAUGAUCAUAAACCAUCUGAUAUAUAUACAUGCAAAGAUAAAAAGUAUGUAAACGUUGCAGGAAAUGCUAUUGAACUGAUCUGUUUUCUUUACAUUUAUGCUUGGGUAGGCAAUGAAAGAGAGCUACAGGCGAGAACAGAAAAGAAGGAUAAAAGAAUUAUCUAGUGCACUGAAAGAUCCCUCAGUCAUUAUUCUUUCAUCAUGGCUAAAGGUGAGAAAGAACUGAUGCUUAAGAAGAUUAGAUGCAUCAAUUAAGUUAAUUUAACAGGUCUAUGUAAUGACAAGUUUUAAUUUGUCUUGAGGAAUGAGAUGGUAUCAUUACUUUUGUACAUCAGUAUUUGACUACUAUUUAUAUAUUUGUUUUUUCACUUCUUUUAAUUUUUGUUCUCAAGCCACUGAUUCAAUUUACUCUUUCCAAGACAGACACUUUUUAGCUUUAGGACCAGCGGGUCCAUCUUAGGGAGGUAUCUGCUUUACAGGAGGGUAUCAAUGGGUUGCUGGCUUUUACAGUUAGCGGCUAAGAUUUUGUGUGUUUCAGGUGCGUGGAACAUUGAAGGGCUGGGCAAAGUUCUGGUGUGUGAUUAAACCUGGAAUGCUGCUUAUAUACAAGAGUGCCAAGGUAAUUAAACUACAAUGUAUACAGUUUAUUGAUCGAAUAAGCACACUCAAUAAGAUUCUUUAGGUGAAAACAUUCUGUGCUUGUUUUUCAACCUGUAGACCUUUUUGUUAUCCAAACUGUUAAUAUUGUACCAUUAACCAAUAGCCCCAGUUCUCCACUCAAAAACACAUUUAUAGUCCAUUAUUAUUAAUUUUGACACAUGUUGGUUAAAAAGGAAGUUAAACAAAAACUGUCGAACCACUUGCAGUCUGCACUUUUUAACUGCUGAACAGAUAGUAACAAACAUUGUUCUAUCAUUUCUUGCACAGCAUGGGCAGUGGGUUGGCACUGUUCUCUUGAAUGGCUGUGAGAUUUUAGAGCGCCCUUCUAAGAAAGAAGGGUUUUGCUUCAAGAUCUACCAUCCCCUGGAGCACUACAUAUGGGCCACAAAGGGUCCCAAAGGAGAGAUGGCUGGGUCCAUAACACAGCCCCUACCUAAGGAUCAUCUCAUCUUAAGAGCAGACUCAGAAUCUGAUGGUAAGUGAAUAUAAAUUAGCUUGUAUGCAGUUUGGGAUUUGGACGAAACAUCUAUUAGUCCCAACCAUCUGACAUGAAAAUUUAUAGUCAAGUACAUUUUGUGGUGAAGGCAGGAGCCAAUAAUGAGGAGCAAGUAACUUCCAUGUGCUCUUUUUACAGCAUUUCCAUGGACCAGUUUAUUUUUAGAAUGGUUUUUGUGCAGAAACCAGUCAGCAAAACCUACAGCUAGACCUUGAUAUCUUAUACUUCAAAUGCACUCAUAGGAAUGGCAGAGAUUCCAUUUGUGGAAAAAAGUGCCCUAAAAUAUAUCUAAAAAUAAGCAAGUCUGUAAAGAUUCUGUUACUUAGGCCUAGUAUGGGAAUUGUUCACUCCUUAUGGCUCCUGUUGAUAUUUGCGAGCAGUCCAAGAAGAAUCCCCUCACCACACCCCCCAUUUUUGUAUUUCAUGGCAUAAGAUGUGAAGGAACCUCAGCGACUUAGUUCCACUAUAAAGAGUGGGAUGUAUACAAUUAUUCCAGAUGUAUUAUACCUGUAGGUUUGAGAAAGGCACCCCAUCUAGUUCCCUAUAGCAUCUGUGCUGUGUUGUAACCUUUUCCUUUGUAGGUGAUAUGUAUGCCUUAUUUAUAGCUACCAUUCCAAAUUAAUUUUUUUUGGCCCUCUCCCCCGCCAAUACUCCCUCUCUUAGUUUCUUCCCUUUCCCCUCCCCCCAUCUGCUUAGCUUUUUUCUACCCUUAUUUACUCCAUUAGCUUGUUCUCCUGCGAAGAAGGUAUUGUGUGAUCAAGCUUAAUGUUUGUGUACAAUCUUUCGUUCUUUUACCAUGUUAUUCUGUUAAUUAUUACACUCAAUCAAUCAAUCAAUCUUGAUUUUUAUCAUUACAGGACACUGUUGGUUGGAUGCUUUAGAAGUUGCUCAAAACCAAGGUUACAGCAUUCAAAAGGAAAACAAAGGAAUGUAAGUGUAUGCUAGGGUGCUAAUCAGAUGGCAUGCAUAAAGUUGUUUGCACUGCAAUCAGAGUAAAACCCACAUGUACCUCAGUUGCCUAUUUCUUUAUGAAAAAUGUCACAGUCAACUCUGUCAAACAUGGCUUAAAAUUAUUGUUACUCUAACACAGCUAACAAAAGUAUGAGGGAUCUGAUCAACAACAGAAACCAAACAGUCAGAAUUGUCAUUGGCCAGUUUGACAGUGUUAUUAACAAUUUAUACUGUGUGUAUUUUGAUCAAGGGGUUCUUUGAACUUUUAUUUUUCAGUUGUGUAAAAAGCAUCUUAGAAAAGCUCCCUCCAUGAAGUACUUAAGAAGAGUACGAUAGUGUUUCCUUAAAAAGUGUGGUAUUAGUUUCAUUUGGGUGGCUACAGCUCACCUUAAUAAAACAUCAACAGAUCAUUUUUGAAUAAGAAUUCACAUAAUAAAUACUAAAAUUUUAAUAAAAGAAAUAUAAUUUCCAAUCUCCCCGACUGGAAAAUAGCACUGAAAACUGUAUAAAAUUUGUCGCUUUAUAAUCAUGGUGAUGGCAUCAUUAUGAAAUCCACAUCAAGACAUUGAACUCCUAUAACAAUAGGUGCAAAACUGUUGAUGUAAAUGUACAUCAUGUCCACUAUUAAGAUGGCCAUUACAUGCACAUGCACAGAUGAAUAACAAUGAAUAGAUCAUGCCAAGAGAGAAUAAUGCCACAGAGAGGGAAAUGCUGGGUGUAGCUCUUGGGACUGAUGUGAAUUUCACCAAAGUUAUUUUUAGACCAAUAUAAUAAUUGAUUGAACUCAAUUAGAAGUUGGUGUCCUGAGGGAUCUGUAACCUGUUAUUCAGUGUUGUCAAAGGAGAAAAUUGGGACAUUAUGCUCUCUUGGUGUGUCACCAUAACAACAUUCUGUAUUGUUUGCUUUGAGCCAGUUGCACAGUGACAUUUCAAACAAUCAAUUAAAUUGAGUGGAUGUCCAAUGAAUAAGACUUCCGUUUAUAAAAAAUUACAAUCUCUUGAAAUAACUUAGAAGAAAUUUACACUAACACACUAGGAUUCACUCUUGAUAAUAACAGCGGUAAUAAUAAUGAUGAUCAAUGGCAGGUUGAGUGAACUGUAUGGCAAAGAUGACAAAGAGGACAGGGAUGAUGAACAAGGGCUUCCUGGUAAAACAGCUAAUAAUGAUAAUAAGUUUCCAUUUAGUCAUUUAUGGACUCUGGGAUGUCCCUAAGAGCCGGCUGCUGGCUAUAAUAUCACCGGCUGAAAAAGAGCCUUCCACAGGUUCAAAUUGCAAAGGAAAACAAAGAUGUGGGGUAAUUUUGAAGGUGCAAUUGAGUAAAAAAGCGUGCUUAACCUUUCCCUAGUACUUAAAUACAAUGUACCAGACAGCAUUAAAUGUCGUGCAGAGGUUUUUUUAAGGGAUGUCUGCUUGUGUGAGCUGUUAAUUGAAAUGUUUGAUUGAUAAAAUAUUACUUUACUUUUCACUUGUUACAUUUUUACUUUCCACUUGUGUCCAUUUUUUGUCAUUUUACUGUUGUGUUGCCUGGUAAUGUUUAACACCUCUUGUUUCUUUCUUUAUUCGCAGAUCGUGAUGAAGACAGCAAUGAUGGAAUGGUUAGUUCACAUUAUAUAUUUUUUAAACAAAGUAAGGGGACCAAGAACAUGGUUAACCAUGAGAUAACGAAGUCUGACUCUGGUAUUUUCUUGCUUUCUUGUUGACUGUUUUUAGGACAAGUCUGACUCUGAUAAUGAAUUAGAUGACACUUUAGGUCCCCUUGAAAAAGGUGGGUAGAUCAGAUCAAGACAUAACUGUUGUUGUACAUCCUAGUCACUUAAAGUCCAGAAAUGCAUGCAAUGGCAAAAAUGGCAAAAAAAAUAAUGCCAGCGGGCUGGCGAUUCAAUCUUAGUUUAAAGAAAAAAUUUGUGGUUUUCAUAUCAAGCUGCAUCUGAUUAUUUUGAAUUUGGUUGUUUAGGGUGAUGAUGAUUAUUUAUUCAUUGUUUAUUAUUAUUGAAUUAAGAUGUUGUAUUGCAUUUAUUGCAGAUGCUAAUGAAGAGAUUGAUGAUGGGCCAAUUGUAGAAACAGUUUAUGUGACGGAAAAAGGAGAGGAGUACUUAGGACAGGUAAAUUUUGUUACUCCAUUGAUAUUAUUAUAUGAAUAUUCUUGGCUUACACUGGAGUGUUUACCUCAGGGGUCAGUUGUUAAAAGAUAAGCUUCACUGAAUCCUGCUUUGAUUGUAAUUUUAGUGUUCUUUAGCUAUUCCAGUUGAAUUCAUUUCAAGAACUUAUUGACCAAUCAUUUUUAGGCUGGUGAAGCUUUGGAGGAGAUUGAAGAUGAGAACAAGAGUAUUCUUUGGGCACUUCUGAAACAGGUCAGCUUACAUUAAAGUAUUAGUCUAAAGAGUUAAGAUGCUGUAAAAGCAGUGCCAGUCAAAAGUUGGAGUGUCCAUGGCAAUUAAAGUACCUAGUAUAAUUUUGCAUCAAUAAGAAGAAUGGGCUUAAGUUGUUGAAUUGAUUUUUAACAGACUAUUAAAUCACUGUCAGUUUUCAUUGGGUUAUUGCAGGUAGUAUAAAGUUGGUGAAAAUGUUGUAAGUCUAUGGUGUCUACAUAAAUGCCAUGCUUUACAUGUAUGUACAAUGAACCUUUUUUCAUUGUCUCUCAGGUUAAACCAGGCAUGGAUCUCUCUAGGGUAACUUUACCAACCUUUAUUCUGGAACCAAGGUCAUUUCUUGACAAGCUGUCUGACUUCUACUUCCAUACUGACAUUUUAUCUAGGUAACUAAAGAGAAUGUUGUUAAAUACAAAUUACAAUGUACCAUUUGUCGUAAUGUAAUGCAGAAUUGUGUAUGGGAUUUGAACGAAUGCAAUGUCUUUCAAUUUUUAUUUAAUUCACUUGUUUUUGUUUAUGCUUUUCCUUUCCAAUAUUUUUUUUGGUGGUAUUUCAAACAUUUCACCCUAUGUACAUAGAGAAACAAUGAAGAGCCAAGUAUAACACACUUUGCUUUUGCUUUGGGUUCACAUUACUUUGUAAGAACAAGUUUGGAUCAACCAAAAGUCUAAAUACUGUUCUCUUAUGUAUUACCUUGGGCAAGCUCCUCUCAGCUGUGGGUUUGUAAUUUGAACCAUUGUUUCCGUUUUGUCUUGCUCUGUACUCUGGUGUGCUAUAACCCUCAAUUGAAUUAAGAACUGUGGGACUUAUAACAACUGUUUUGAUGAUGUACUUAACAGAGCUGCUCGAGAGGAAAACGCCUACAGCAGGAUGAAAGAAGUAGUGAGGUGGUAUCUGGCGGGAUUCUACAAAAAACCAAAGGUUUGUAGAGAAACUUAUAAGGCUGUAUAGUAACAGUAUAAUGAGUAAUGUGUGUCCAUCCAUAACCUUCCAUGAUCUUAGUCUGUGCAAACAAAUAAACUGUGCUUUUUAUUAUUUAUCCAGGGUUUAAAGAAGCCCUACAACCCAAUUAUUGGUGAGUCAUUUCGCUGCUAUUGGCUUCAUCCCAAUGGCACAAAGACAUACUUUGUGUCUGAACAGAUUUCCCAUCAUCCUCCAGUAUCAGCGUAUUAUGUGUCCAACAGACAGGAGGGAUAUGUACUCAACUGCUCCAUUUUGGCCAAGUCUAAAUUUUAUGGUAAGCUUUGGGUUUUUCCUUUGGUAAUCUUCAGUCAUACUAUGCUCACAGCACUGGUCUCUGUGCAUAUCAGGUGAAGGGUAAAGGUAAAGGAGCACACGAGCUAAAGGCCCACACGGCCGGAGCUUAUACCGAUUUCCGUAGCAUGAAGCAUGCCUAGGAGUAUUGCUACUCCCCCUGGACGGGAUACUAGUCCAUCGCAGGGUUACCCCUAAGCAGUGUUUCGCCGGUACCCAUUUACACACUUGGGUGAAGGGAGACAAAGUGGAGUAAAGUUCCUUGUCUAAGGAAACAACGCGACGGGCGAGGCUUGAAUCCCGGACCUCCAGAUACAGAGUUCGAGGUGUUAACCACUCGGCCACACAAGCUUCCGCGAUAUCACCUCAAAAGAGGGUUAAAAUACUCCCUAUUCGAUCUUUCUUACCAUAUCAAAACGGCUAUUAGAAUUUAAACACAUUAUGUUACACAUAAGAAUUUUUUUCAUGUAACAUAAAUUGGUCUUAUCUAUUUCUCUUCUCAGAAAUAAUUCUUCCUCAUGAUGUCUUUAUUGAGUUUAUUUACUGUUCUUUUAUAGGAAAUUCUUCAUCAGCCAUUUUGGAUGGAUGUGGGACAAUGACGCUGCUAAGGUUUGGAGAAGAGUAUGUGAUGACCAUGCCCUAUGCACAUUGUAAAGGUUAGUUCACAAAACAGAAAACUUUUUUUUGUGGCAGCCUUUUGAAAGGGAAGGGCAAAGGAAUUUCUGCGCGAGGACGCGCGCGAAGGGGAAGGUAGUAGUAGGGAGUUCCUUUCCCCCUCGCGCGCCUUUCGCGCUUCUCGAGCGCCCGAAAUUCCCUUCCUCUCCCUUUCAAACGCCAGUGCUCUGUUUGUUAACACAACUGACUCUUUGUUUAGAGAUGUAAUUCAUCUUGCACGCUUUUCGUUUUAUUCUUAAGGUAUUUUGAUUGGCACGCUAACAAUGGAAUUGGGUGGAGUUGUCACCAUAAACUGUGAAAAGACUGGAUACAAGGCUGAAAUCGAAUUCAAGCUUAAGGUAUGAAACUGGGUCUUCCUGUCGUCCCGUAAUUACCUUCUGAAUUAAAUUGACAUAAUGAGGAUUUGCUGGGAAAAAUUUUUAACCAUUUUACGACCCACACAAAAACCACACUUCUAAGUGUUUUUUUUUUCUUUGAUGCAGACCAUUUUAUAGUACUUUCGGCUGGAACUUGCUAUUGUGCUACACAAAAUGAAUUCAUAAAUUCCUUCUGUUACUUAAAAAGAAAGAUGUUAACUACUCCUUUCCAAAUUUAUUACUAUCCAUAGUAAAUGGCAUCAUAGAGAAGUAUAGUAUUGGAAUUUACAGAAUACGGGGUAUAUUUAGGACAAAAAUUUUUGGCAUGUGGGAUAGCUGACCCCCUAUUAACAAACGGGGCUUCAUGAUCUGUUUAACGUUUGUUAAAGUGCAUUGAGACUUUUUUGUCCAUUUAUCAGCCAUUUUGGAAGAAGAGUGGAGAGUCGAACAGUAUUGCAGGCAAAAUCAAAAUGGGCAAGGAAACAUUGUGCAGAAUAGAGGGCAAAUGGGUGAGUUGAAAAAAAGGAUACUUUGUUGUAACUCCUAUGGAGUGACUGUUACAAGAGUUUUAAAGAAGCAAAGGUUUCUCAAAUGUUAAUACCUCUGCUCGCAAGGUACAAAUGUUGCAACUCUUGUUCAAGAAGUGUUGAAUUUUGUGUAAACAUGUGUAAACAUGCCAUUUUUAGCGUUGUUAAAUGAGAAUAUAGAUGGGUUCCAUUCAGUACAACAAACUGCGAAUUCUUGAACAACGAAUGUUGAAUUUGUUUGUAACUCGUCGAACAAACUGCAACAUCGCUCGCAGUUUGUUGAGCAGCAAAUAUUGAGCGAUACUGACGUUACGCGAACUAUCACAUUCGCGGAAAACUGUCAUUUUACAAACUCAUUCAACUUACCUACUUUUAGCCUGGUAAAAGAGUAGUCAACCUUGAAAUAUGCUCCAUAAUUAAAAAACAGUAAAAGAAGUAAUUGUUAAAAUGCAUUUGUUUUCGCGUGGUUAUUGUUGAAAAUGGCAAACGGUAACCGCAAUCAACCGCAAUAAAUGGCGCGAAAAAUAAUGAUCACGUGGUCACCUUUGCCGUAAAACCCACACACGCCUUCGACAGUCAUAUGCCUUGGGAAAUUAAGCAAUUUCUCUCGUGGUACAUUAAGUGUCCUUAUUUGAACAAACUCAAUGAAGAAUUCUGCAGUGAUUGUAUUAUGCAGAACGUUUCAUAACAGCCUAAUGACUGUUUGUUUUACUUACGGGAAGCAAGUGAAUAUAAUUCACAACAAGAAAAAUUGAUUCAUUUCUGUCUCUAAAAAAUCGUGUUAUUCUCAGAAAAGCCUCAUCUUUUUGUAUUAAUUUCUUACUUUUAUGUCUUUUAUGAGUCUACUUUGCUCCAUAUACGCUUAAAAAAUCACAUGCUUUCUGCGCUUGUCAGUAAAUUUUUUUGUAAUUUAUACGCCUGCGAUAGCGAAAAAAGGCCUUUAUACGUUAAGCAGCUAACCCCACUGGCACCCUCUUACUUGAUACGCACAAAAAUACCGGAACGGCACCCGGAACACCCCAGCAAGCCUGGGAAAAAAACAAACAAACAGAAAUCCCUACCCAAUCUGAAGAUAUUCCUCUUUUUUGCUGUUUGCGUGAUCCAGUUGAUGUGUUCCGCGGGGUGUUUGGUUUCCCGGGUUUUAAUACAUACUGUUUCAUUCGUGGGGUUCAGAAACCCGGUUGAAUGUCCCACGGUAAAGGUGCGGUCACACGCUGUUUUAUUGUUUUUUCGUGGUAAAAGGCUUACUGUAACUGGAACUGCUCUGUUUUUUGUUUUGUUUUGUUUUUGUAGGAUGGUGAGAUUCUUAUAACAGACUUAAAAUCUCCAAUUCCUGCGGGAGUAAGUAAAAACACUAUCUUUCGAGUUGACUUUGCGACGACAAAAAUAUAUUCUGACUCAGUUGCCAUCACGUGAAGUUAGGGUUAGAAGCGACGUGAUAUUAAAGAAAGCAAGGAAUGGUUAUCUAUUAUUCUUAAUUAGCUGGGCCUUCUAAAGCACUGAUUAAUUCUCCUUCAGUCUUUUAAAAGAUAAUUUUUUACAAGCGUUUUAUAAGCGAUUAGAACCGGUAACCAAGCGACUUCACCUAUGUUUUUUUAGGAAGUGGAACCAUUACCUGAGCUGUUUUGGGACCCAACGCCUGAGAUCAGGAGUCAGAGGCUUGCCAGAUAUCUAGUGGACUAUAACACCCAAGGAGAAUUUGAGUCUGAAAAGUAAGUGCCUGUUCUGGAUUAUAAUUAACUUGAGUAUGAUUGUCAGGGUGGGUGUUGUCCUGACUGAGAUAGUCAUGUUAGGGACGUGGGCUUAAGCAAAUACGCACGUCAACCGGUAGUGGGCUGUUUUCAUUCUUGGGCCGUGGUUUUGCUUAAAUGUUGGUCAGAUCGUCUUUAUGAGACUAUGGACGAUUAGCAAUACAGAUUUUGAAGCGUUAUGGAAAAUUUAAAGAGAAAGGGGCUCACUUCCGUUUGACGUGCGUCGUUCAGAAACGUUUUUGCUUAACCCUUUCACUGCCAAUUUUAGCCAAAAGCAAAUUUCGACCAAAUUUCCGAUUUUUCAUUUUGUGAAGGUUUGACAAACAAAUAUUACCAUGUGUAAGUACAGGCAGAGAGCUUUUAUUUGAAUGGUCACAUCAUAGGAUUUCGUCCACAGACUCAAAAGUUAGAGUCAUCUUACAAAAUUCUUUCAAGUACCCUGGCAAUGAAAGAGUUAAGCCCAUCUACUCGGACAAUCAUAUCAGUGUCCGAUCUAGGGGAGUUUUGUUUCGACCACAGAGUGGGCCCUUCUCUUACCUUAAGGUCUGGAUCGACCAUUUCUCGGCAUGUGGACACGCUUUCCUUUACCCUGAGAAAACAGCCAAAAUUUCGCGACGCUACCCGAGGUUUCCCCGCAAAAUGACGUCUGAGAAACGAGCGCUGAAAUUCCAUACUGAUGAUGCGUCACUACCAAGAUCUGGGUAGAGCACUACUCAAAUAUGGACUUCCCGUAGUCGUUUCUCAGACUUCAUUUCGUGGGGAAACCAUCAUUCAGUUCCUCAUUCAUUUUUCGUUUUGUAGCCGAUGUAAACAACCCCUUGAUAUGAGCAUAACAUGCUUGCCCAUGCAACAAUCCUGAGGGACUGUUUUGCGCCAGAUGAUAUUAUCAUAAGAGAGCUGUGCAUUAUUAUCACUGCCUAACUUUUGCAGGUUGUGGACACAUGUCAGUGACGCUAUCAGAAUGAACGAUCAGGUAAAUUUUGCAUAUGAUACGUCAUGUGGUGUGAUAAUAGCAAUGCUUUUUCACCUACGUUCCCGUUCUUUGUGUCGUCAAGCAUUGUCCCUCCUUAUCGGUUGCGUAACGACACAAAUACAACAAUUCGCCAACUGAAGACGCGUAGGUCAGUUAUUCGUCAAUUGUUCCCCGUCCCUGGUAACCGUACCAGAAGUCUUUGCGAAAGUUAACUCGGCCCAGUCUCCUUCUCGUUUCUAAAGUGGCGACCGGGAAUGGAGCUGAAAAAAAAUUUGGCGGGAAAAACAACCGGAGAUUCGCCUCGCAUCUACCUCGUGCUUUCUCCUCUAUCUGAAUGCCUGAAACGGGCCAUGAAACUAAAAGAGCGUUCAUUUACAGGCCACCUCUCCACAACGGCCACCUCUCUUAAACGGCCAUUUUUUUUGGCGGACAGUCCAUACAUACAUUCACCCUUGUUUCAACCUCUCAACAAUGGUCACUUUCUUCUGUCCCCAAGGUGGCCGUUUGAAAGAGGUUCAACUGUAGAUGAUGAUGAAGUGGUGAGAAGUCGUUAGAGACAUUCUGAACAAGCAUCGUUAAUUUAUUAAUUUUUCUUAAAUAUUUAGGAAAAAGCUACAAACGAGAAGUUUAUUCUUGAAGAGGCGCAACGGAAAGGACACAAAGAAAGGAGAGAAACUGGAGAAGAGUGGAUUCCUAAGCUGUUUGAAAGAGAUCCAGCGGCUCCUAAUGCUAUCAACCGAUGGGUUUACAAAUAUAGAGAGUAAGUACGAGUUUUGCUGCUACUACAGGACGACAGGGUUAGAUUAGAAGUAAGUAACGCCCAAGUAAUAACGCGCUUGCGUAUUUGUUCGAUUCAGGUUAUAUAUCACUGUGUGAAAAGCGUGACACGCUGAAAAUUUCGUUCAAUGUAAAUGUAAAUUUUUUUGGUGAUUCAGUGCAGUAUUCAUGGUGUAUUUUAGGUUUACCAAACGCAAGCCCAGAAAUAGACUUUCAUUCGUCGCUCGCGGUCGGCCGCUUCGCGGCCAAAAAGGCUCGCUCCGCUCGCCAAGAGGUCGACUUGUAGCAAGUCUAGCCCAGAAAAGGCACAUCGUCCACAGCUCUACAGUUCAUAUUUUGUGGUGGUCAAUAAGUCUCUUGACUUCGAUCGCAAACUUUUUACCGGGUUGUGGACUUCGAGAAGUUCUAGUGAAUCAGUAAGCAGAUACGUUUGUCUUUUGUAUUACCUCCUCAAUACACUGUCAAUACAUGCACUCCGUUAAGGAUCUUUUCGAUAGAUUUAGUAUAAUGGUCUGUUGCCUAAUUCUUUGAUUUCGCUUUCUAGUGUGAGGCCAUGGGACCCAAUGACAGAUCUGAGAGAGUAUGAAAAUGACGGUAUCAUUAAGACUCAGUACCGACUAAAGGCACCAAUGGUGCGAACAACAAGUCUACUGAGUGUCCAAACACCGGAAAUCAAGAAACCGAUGUCUAAACGAAAACGGCCUUCAUCUGGCCGAUCAAGGGGAAGUGGACAGGCGAAGGGAUCACGACGCAAUUCCAUGGACCGUUCGGGAGCGUCAACGCCCGAUCCUGAAGCCGAGCACUCGAGCAGCAUCGAAGAUGACGAUGAUGAUUCGAGCCUGAAAGAGAGUAUCGACGCAGCAACGCUGGAGAAGGUAUUUCAGCCGCUGAAGGAUUUACAAAAGGAGUGUGUUCAGCAAAUGAGAGCCAUCAGGAGUGAUCUGAGACGACAUUACUCCUCUCAUCAGGACGAUAUCGCCACUCUACAGUUUAAAGACUGGCUUCUAUUGCUGUUAUUUGUCAUCACCCAGGGGUUCUUCCACUGGUACUACAAAAGGUGACCUGUACUGCACUGCAGGGAUACAAUUAAUUCAUUUCUUCACCCUUGGGGAAGAAUUGGGAGAGAGAGAAAGGUGCCUUCUCUCACCCUCCCCCUUGGUGUAUUUUGUCAGGUUUUUGCCUCUUUUGAAAAGGUACUUGUAUGUAAUUAGUAGAUGUUAAGGUCCUAUAUUUGUGCCCCGUGGGGAGUCUGUUUGGGGUACUUAACGUUAACGCGAUUGGUCUCGUAACCCCCUCCCCCUCCCCAGUGAGAUAGAAACAUCCCCAAUUUAUGGCAUUGUAGACAGCGAAGAACGUGCAAAAUACACAAAAAAAAUGACUGCUAAGACUUUUACAUUUUAAAGGAGGAAUUAAAGCUGUUGUGUCAGUCAUUCUGGUGUCUUGUAGACUCAAGAUGAUAUUACAAAAAACGUAUUUUUAUAUCAUGAAGAUGUCUGGGAGACGUUUUAUGUUCUGCUUGUAACUUUCAGUUUUCUUUUGAAUGAAGCAACAGUUCUCACCAUGUGCGUUUUUUAAUUUUUCAGUAAAUAAUGAUUCCCACCUGCUUAUGUAAUUUUGAUUUUGCUUAUUUAUUUCAAUAUGAUUUUCACGAAGGCCUUGCAUUUUGUCUUAGUUAAAGGAACAGUAAUAUCUAGAAGUAAAAUAGGGAGUAAAAAUGAAAAUUCAUAUUGAACAAACACAUUUUAUAUAUUAAAAAAUUUUAAAAAGAAUCCUCAGACAAGCUACACUUUGAAAAAAGAGCCUGUCAAUGUUUUCAAUCGCUGUAUACGACACUUAUAAAGUUUCUAAUUGUGUCGCGGUUAUAAAAUUGACCUUCACUGAAAUUUCCACUUAAGGAAAAAUGUACAAAGUAUUAUGAAAAAUUCAAUAAAAGUAUUUUAUCCUUAUUUAUGAAAAAUAGUGAUCACAAAUUUAUUAUUAGGAGAAAUAAUUGUUAUUCUCAAUAAAUGGUAAGAUUGAGGAGAAACUCUAGCCGGCGAAGCCAAGCCUUUCUUUCAAUCCCAGAGAAGUGAAGCUUUUUCCUCUCACGUCGUGGGAAAACGUGGACAGUUGGCUAAGGGAUACCCCAGGUAGAUUGCCUAAACACUUUUUGUAACGGGUGAUAUUUGAUGGCAGUGCACUGUUUCUGGAUUAGGAAACAAGUUUAAAUAAAUUAGAGCAUUUUUUCUCCUUUGGGUUAAUCUUUAACCUGUGGCGUUUUCUAAACUUCUCUGUUGCAUCAAAAUGUCCGUUCAGCCUCCAACGUAUUCUGGUUAAUUAGAGCAAUGAAUAAUGAGUGGAACCACGUGUAUUGCUAUAGGGGUCCUGUCGACUGCGUCAUCCACAGUGACGACGUACUCCACGAAAAAAAAAAACCUGGAAACAAUGUUGCAAACAGUGCGGUUCUUUCCAAGGCGUCUAGCCCGUUGGGCGUUUUUCCCAGCGAGCGGCGCAUGCGUAGUAGUACUGUCAGUUUUUUAAGUAUGUUUAGGGACAGCAAAAAUAAAAACCGCGGUAUUAGAAUGUUUUGUCGCACUGACAUUCAAAUGUCACCUUUUAAAGAAAUUUAAAUAGGAUAGUUUUUUGUUGUUGGGUUGACAUUAGUAGUUAGGCGUGUCUUGUGUUAAGAAGACGCUGUUGGUUGGUUGUAGUCGUUGGAACUGAAGUGAACAAAUUUUUACCAGUUUUGUGCAAUGGUUGUUUUUGCCAUAAACAUUUGAAAACCGUUUACGUCAUUUGCGUACAAACUGGGACGCAGAAUGGAACGGAUGCUGUUAAAGAAUUUCUUGUUCCGUUGACCAGAACUAUCUGGGACUUAUUAAACCUGGUCAAAAUAGAUGCAUGAUGUUGUACCGAUAAAAUCCCAGUACGUUGGUGACAGGGGUAGGUUUACUACCUACAAUAUAUAUAUUUUUGACGUGCAUUUUGAACAGUCCUUUAUAAAUUUCAUAUUCUGGAAAUUUCCCGUUUAGGAAUUCAAAUGUUUCUGGCAAACAACAGUGAUUGAGCAAGGCAAUGUACAAUUAGUAAAUUUCAAUUGAAAUAUGACUCGUUAUUUAAUAGUUUGUUCAAUAAAUCACCUUUCUUUAUGAUGUUUGUGUGUGAAU